AUGUUCAGUAAGUACAGUGUCAUUACAGAGCUGGAGCUGCAGGCUCUAGGACCCUGCGGAGGAGGCUGCAGUCUGCGGAUCAGAGCAGCACAGGCCGCGCACGGAGCGCACGGAGCGGGGAGCGCGGAGGACGUGCAGCCCAGAGGCGGAGGACACUCGGUACACGGUAAGACCCCCGCGCUAUCUCCACACAUUACCCCCGCGGUGAGCGCCCUGUCCCCCGGUGUCAGCCCCGGGCCCCGAGCCUCUCUCCAGCUGCGGACACAGAGCGCAGCCGUGGGGAGGGGCUCUCUCUCCGGGGUUACCGGGUGCACGGCCACUGUUUGCACCGGAGUCAGUGGAGCUUAUGGCGGCUACAUGAGCUCACACGUGUCCGGGAGCUACGGUUCAAGUCCCCGGAGCCACACACCACCGCACAGCACCCUCCACAGCCCGGGGUCCGUGUGCCUCUGA